GUUUUCUCAAGAGUGUGAAUUUCUCUGAACUGAGCUUUGAAAGCUGUUGUGGGAGGAAACCUGAGGCAGAAAAGCUGAAAGAACUGAGUUCCUCCUGAAGCAAUUGGCUUCUUGUCUGCUGUUGGGGUAUUUAUUGUUCUUCUGGCUGUCCUCUUCCUCUUCAUCAACAAGAAGCUGUGUUUUGAGACUAUAGGGGGUCUUCCAUGCCUGGAGCAACAUGGGAAAAGAAAGCACUCUAAAGACAAGAAUGAAAUCUGUGAAGGGCUGGCUGAGAAGUUUUGAGAGUGACAUAUUCAGAACCAUUAAGAGAUCUCCAAUUUAAUUUCUCAUCAUGCUUAUUCUGUAGUUGAUAUUAAGCCCUGAGUACUGAAGGAAUGGAACAAGUGGACUAGUAGACUUGAGAUAGCUGGCCAUGGUUUUGGCCAUGGCAUCUCAUGAUGCUCAGAACUUCUUCCAACCUCUCACUUCCUGGAUAUCUCGGGCUUAUGAAGCUCUCCAGCAAGCAGGUGAUACAUUAUCUGCUUCGCUGGUUAACUUAAACAAACAAGACUCUAAACUGAGCGAUGAGCUAGCCCAGAACCUAGAUGAUAUUAAGGUUCAGGAAACUUACUUUGAAGAUGAAGAACAUGGCAAUGCUUGGAGUCAAGAGGAUGCAGAUUCCUUGUUUGUUGGAGUGGAUCAUUUCUCCUGUUAUAAUAGUGAUUUGCAGGACUCUACCCGAAGUUCAAAGCCCAGACUUAGCCAACAUGCAAAGGACUCAUAUUCUAUAAUGUCCCAGUGGCACAAUCAAACCCUUGGUGACCAAAUGCCACUACAUGUGCUUUCUUCUAUUGCUGAGGAAGAACAUCAUCUUGAAAAGCAAAGGAGUGGCCUUCAAGACAGCUUUGACUGCCAGCUUUCUGGUACUUUAAAACAUGUUAAUGGAAAAAAGCAAGUUAACAGCUUUGGAGAUGAUGAAGAGCUGUCCACAUCUUCUGACAGUGAUGAGGAGGUGAUCAAACAGUUUGAGAUUUCUGUGUCUCGAUCCCAGAGCUUCCGUUCUGGUGCAUCUGAGAAAGGAAAACAAACAGGACUGGAGCGGAAACCCAAAUUUAAUCAGUUGCUUUCUGCCCACGAAGAGGAUAAUACAGAAGUGUCUGCCUGUGAAGAUUUAGAUGUGGAUGAAGCCAGCCAACGAAAUUAUUCAGAGAAUCUAUCUUACGGUAAAGAUGGUCCCAUCUCUGUCCACUCACUCUACCCAUGUGAGAUGGGAGCUACCAGGCUCCACGGCACUUCUUCGCAAGAGACCCGUGUGGUCCGCAACCUCAGCCGCCAGUCCACAGAAGGCAGCUUGGAGACUGAGACAGCUUUUAAUAAUCGUGGAUUUGAAGACUCCUAUGCCACUGACAGCUCUUCUGUGUGGAGUCCAGAGGAACAUGAUGGGACCACUUUUCAGGUGUCAUCUAGGGUCCAUGAGCCCAUCUCAAAGUGUGGUGACCUAGAUGUCAUCUUCGAAUAUAGAGCUUUCAGCCAGAAGCUCACAGUGAACAUUGUGAAAGCACAGGGUCUUCCAGAUAAGGACCGAAGUGGCGUCAACUCCUGGCAAGUGCAUGUAGUGUUGCUGCCCAAUAAGAAACAGAGAGGCCGAACAAGCAUACAGAGAGGGCCCAACCCUGUCUUCAAGGAGAAGGUCACCUUUGCUAAGCUGGAGCCCAGAGAUGUGGCUGCCUGUGCUGUCCGAUUCCGCCUCUAUGCUGCCCGCAAGAUGACCCGUGAGAGAAUGAUGGGAGAGAAGCUAUUCUAUCUCAGCCACCUGCACCCAGAAGGGGAAAUGAAAGUGACUCUGGUUCUGGAGCCAAGAUGUAAUAUCAGUAGUGGAGAGUCUCCGCUUAGCCCAUCUGCAGUUUCUCACAGUGAUAGUGCUUCAUCUACGCAGUCACUGUCUCAUGGAGGAGUGCCAGAGCUGUUGGUGGGGCUGUCCUACAAUGCCACAACGGGUCGAUUAUCUGUGGAAAUGAUCAAAGGCAGCCAUUUCCGAAACCUCGCUGUUAACAGAGCGCCUGCCUUUAACUGUGCUGCAGUCCACAAAGUCUCUGUUCAACGGCAUCUUGUUAGUCAAUCUGUAUUAAAGCCAUUAGCGCAAGUUAGUAAGGAAAGCCCAGCAAUCUGGAUAACAGAAGAGACCAGGUGCAUAAGCCAUAUUCUGUGUCGACGCUCAGAGCCAGAUACCUACGGAAAACUAUUUCUUCUCAAUUCUGUGGGUCAAGAAAUGUCCCGAUGCAAGACAUCUAUUCGGCGUGGUCAGCCCAAUCCUGUAUAUAAGGAGACCUUUGUUUUCCAGGUGGCCCUCUUUCAGCUCUCUGAUGUCACUUUGAUGAUUUCCAUUUAUAACAGGCGUACAAUGAAGCGUAAAGAGAUGAUUGGUUGGAUUGCUCUUGGUCAGAAUAGUAGUGGAGAAGAGGAACAAGAUCACUGGGAGGAAAUGAAGGAGACCAAAGGUCAGCAGAUCUGCAGAUGGCAUACCUUGCUUGAAUCUUAGAUUUGCUGGCAGCUGUUUGACUUUUCCUCUGCUGCUCACUGCUGCAUUUUACUCGACACAAGACAGGGUUGCAAACAGGGAUUGGAUUAUACUAAUCCCUAGGACAUUCUUGGGAUCUUCUGUUUCUUAAAGGUUUGAUUUGGAUUUGAGAAUCACUGCUUUAAAAACCGUACUUUUUCAUUCAAGUAUAAUGUAUAGAAAAUGUUAUCAUAGCUGUGAGCAGUGAUAAUUAGUUAAUUUAUGUUAAUGAGUUGUUGAGUUUUGGUUCAGAAUGGAAUGAAGUGUCUCCUGCAGUCACAGUUAACUUGAAGAGUAACAUGAAAUUGCUAAGGAGCUGUUGAAUGUUACUAUUUGUAACCAUUUAGACAUAUGACUCAGUUUUCUUAAUAUGGUGCAAAAACUCAAAAUCCAAAAUGAAUCAAAUGUUGAUGCUCAU